CCAUCUUCUCGUUAAUCAGUCACUCACAAAGAUUACAGGUUCACCAUGAAGUACAAACUCCUAAACACCGAAGUACAUAAGCUGCGAGACGGAUCCCCUGGCCACGACGAUGAUGCCAUUCUCGGGAAGCUUCGUUCACUCGAGGUCUCUGGCGUCCGACAUCUCUCUCAGAUGCCCGACUUCAGAAGUCUCUACAAGCGCCGAAUGAAACUGAUGUGGAAUUCCCCCGAAGAGGGCGAAACGGAGUACUAUCCUUGGGUCGGCAACGGCACUAUGGAGGCUGCCCAGCAGCAUAUCGUCGCUUGGGCCACCUUCGCUCUUGGGGCGGUUCAUGCUUGUCAACGCAUGCGUGAUGGGUUCAAAGAUGGGGUUGACUCUGAUUGGGCUGAUGAGGAGGAUGGCAACUGAUGGUUACACGGUCGGAAUUCUUAUCGUCAUAAACUGACCGAUAUCGGGAAUUGAGGGUAACAACUACAGUCGCAAUAUACAUUUACCGAUACACCAAAUGAAGCCAGUUCAAGCAGUUCAG